AUGGAGUUAAAAAGUGAAGUAAGAAGAGGGGCUGCAAAAGACAAUAUGGAAUACCCCAUAGCAUUGAGCUUCAUGAUUUCAGGCUGUAACAAGAAUAUAUUUGUCAGCACACUGGUGGAAUCAAAUAAAACCGUGGUUAAAAAUUUUAUUUUGUUGGCUUUUGCUGAUGUGUAUAAGUUCCAGAAUUUACUCUUUUUUUUCUUUCUACUGACCUACAUUACAUGUGUCAUGGGGAACGUUGCGAUCAUUGUUCUUAUUAGAGUAGAACCUUCUCUUCAUACUGUAAUGUAUUAUUUUAUUAGUGUAUUCUCUGUUUUAGAGAUUAUGCUUGUGUCUAUCACUGUCCCAAAACUUUUAGCCAAUCUGAUUUCAGGUAAUAAUAUUAUUUCUUUCAAUGAGUGCUUUGUUCAACUGUAUAUCUUCAUCUCUUUGGGAGCAACUGAAUGCUAUGUUCUAAUGGUAAUGGUCUUUGAUCGAUAUCUGGCUAUUAACAAUCCUUUACACUACCAAGCUAUAAUGACACCUAUGUUUUGUACAGAGUUGGCUAUUUUACCAUGGACUAUAGGAUUUGGUAUAAUUUUACUCCCUGUCAUUGCCACAGCGUGUUUGGACUUUUGUGGUCCUAAUGGAAUCGACCACUUCUUCUGUGACUUGGCUCCACUGCAGAACUUGGCUUGUUCCGAUCCUUUUAUUAGCAAUUUAUCAACAAUCAUAGCCACUAUAUUAGUCGUUGUUUUUCCAUUCUUUACAAUUCUAGGAUUCUACAUCCGUAUAAUAAUGACAGUUUCAAAGAUCAAGAGUGAGGAGGGAAAACAGAAGGCAUUUUCCACAUGUUCCUCUCAUCUCAUCGUAGGUGGCUUAUUUUAUGGAACAGCCAUCAUUGUGUAUGUAAAACCUAAAGGAAGCCAUUAUGAUAAAUAUCUUUGUUUUAUGUACACAGCAUUAACACCCAUGAUUAACCCUUUUAUAUAUACCUUUAGAAACAGGGAUGUUAAGAAGGCUUUCAAAAUAGCAAUAAAUAACCUGAUGAAAUCAGUUGCAUUGUAA